CCAAGGCUGAAAUUUCGCGAACUUGCACCUUCUUCACUCGCCCUUCAACUAAAGAACGACUUGCACAUGGGGAUUGAUGUGACCGACGGCUUUCCUCUACCCUAUAUAUCCAUUCAGCGACGACUUGCGACCCGUGAAUUACGCGUCACAACAUCAUGCGAAGCUUCCUGAACCUACCUCAGAACCGAAGGUGACAGACGAAAUCGCAAAACCCACGAACGAGCCCAGUCACAGCAAACCCGCGAUUUCCUCUCGAGCCGCUUACUACCCUUGAUUCUUGGCCCCGACAAAAUCUUUGAGCUCUACGAUACUCCCGAGGGCGGACCAAACACCUUAAUUCCACGGAAAACACCCAACCAAAUACACGAAAAGACAAACGGAAAAAGAAAAUGACACCCCCACCUGUCCUCUUCCACGCCCUCCUCCGCCCCGCGGUCCUCCAGAUCCUGCGCGCGACAGGAUACCACGCCGCUCGGCCCGUGGUUCUCGACGCCGUCACGGAGCUCGCGGCGCGCUACAUGUUCGCCCUCUGCCAGGCGACAGCGCGGCACGCGGGCGACAACGACCCGCAAGGUGACGCUGGCCCGGGCAUGGUGGACGUACGCAUGGCGCUGCAGGAGCUGGGUGCCGUGCCCCCGGACGACGUGCUCGCUGAGGGGCGAGGCGCGAUAUUGGGCGAGAUUCUAGACUCGCUGGACGAGGAAGGAAGGAGCGAGGCUGGCGCAGAGCUCGCGACGGCGGCGGCGGCUGCUGCAGCAGCUGUGCCGGACGGCGAGGGAGACUUGACAAUGGCGACGCCGACGGCGGUUGCUGAGAGGGGACGUGAGAGAGAGAAGAUCGUUGAGGAUACGAGAGGCGUGGACGAGUUCAUCAAAUGGUUCUCUGGACCGCGGAACAAGGCCAUUCGCGAGGCGGCGGUUGGUGACGGUGAGCUGGAGUUGGGCGACUACUUGAACGUUCUGAAGAAGAAGCACAGCAAGACGGGCGAAGACUCCAAGUACCACGGCACGAUCAUCGGCAAGGGCAACGACGUGGGCGAGGUCCAGGUCGAGGGCGGCGACCUCCCGAGCAUCCACACCUGGCGGUCCAAGAUGCAGGGCCCGCCACCUGGCAGCGCACCGUCGGCAACCUCGCCACGGAUCAAGGAGGAGUCAAGACCGCCGAGCUCGGGGCUGAGCUCUGUGGGCGACAGGCUGGGCGACGACCGCGACAGCAUGGACUUGUCAUAGGGGGCAAACAUGCGGAGACGGAAUCGCACCGGCAGCACUGCCAGCCAGGCGAGCGUUGCCAGCGUUGCCAGCGUCAGCACGAGUAAGACCGAGGGCCGCGAGAGUUGCGCGGUCCGCCCGAGAGGGGGCCGGGGCCGAGGCGGCUCGAUGGCGGGUAGAGGCAGGGGCAACAAGACCAGCGGUGGCAGAGUCACCAAGAACAAUACGACUACUACGGCCAAGGCCAAGACCAGAACCAGCACCAGGUCCAAC